AGUCCUUAAUUUUGGAUUAAGCAAAAAUCGUCAAAAAAAAAAGUUCUUAAAGGGAAAAUAAUCCUUUUUAGCCUUUUUAGGGAAAACCAGGCAAUCCUGAUUAAUUUUCUGAAUUAAUCUAAAACUUUUAGGCAAAUAAAAUGAUAAUAUUUUGGGAAAUUUUGAGAUGCAAUGAAAUUCCUAAAAGAAGUUUUCGUGAAUGCUGCUUAAUGUUGAUUUUGUGUUGAAAGUGAUUACUUGCGGUAAUGAUAAGAGAUGACUGUUGAUUUAUGGAUCUCUUUCACUCAACCCCAGUGUCUCCAAUACCUACACAUUCUCUGCAGUCUCCUCGUAUCAUCUCUCUUGUGCACAAGCCACGGCAAUUUUUAGAGUUGUUCAGCUAACAAAAAUUUUUUUUUGGGGAAACGGAACUUUUUGAAUGGGUGAGAAAAUUCCAAGAGGAAAGGGAAUUUAGUGUGAGAAGUUUGUGAUUUUUUUUUCUUUGUGGUCCAAGGAUGAAGGAUAAGGAGAAUUUUGUUGUACGCGUUCAUGGAUACGGCUCAACGGAUAGCAGUGCUGGUAGCCGCCCAGCUGUGGUUUAUUGCAUCCAUGGGCGCCCCCCAAUGCAGUGCUGCGGGGAGAAUGACGACGCCUUCAGCAUCACACCGUCCACUGAGAUGCUCCUCGGUGCCCCCAGUGGGCACUGUCACACCCCACGCCAGGAAGGUGUGGACAAUGUGGCGCGUCGGCGUCUCCUAAUUGCCAGUCUCCUGUGUGUUAUCUUUAUGAUUGUUGAAGUUGUCGGGGGGAUUAUGGCCAAUAGUUUGGCCAUUGCAACGGAUGCAGCGCAUCUCCUCACGGAUUUUGCCAGCUUCAUGAUCUCCUUGUUCGCCAUUUGGAUCUCUGGACGGAAGUCAACUGUGAGGCUUUCCUUUGGAUGGUAUCGUGCAGAGGUAAUUGGUGCACUUGUGUCGGUUAUCCUCAUUUGGGUUGUUACGGCAAUUCUCGUUUUUAUGGCCAUUGAGAGGAUAAUCCAGAAGGAUUUUGAAGUGAAUGCAACUGUUAUGCUCAUCACUUCCGGCUUUGCAAUUCUCGUGAAUAUCCUAAUGGGCUGCAGUCUUCAUGAGCACGGGCACUCCCACAGUGGCUCCACAUCCACGGCGAAGCAUCAGGAAAACAUCAAUGUGAGAGCAGCCUUCAUUCACGUGAUUGGGGAUGUUUUGCAGAGUGUCGGUGUCUUCCUGGCGGCCCUUCUUAUCUACUUCAAGCCCGAAUGGUAUCUUGCUGAUCCAAUUUGUACAUUUAUCUUCUCCGUCAUUGUCAUCUUCACAACAGUGAGGAUUCUCAAGGAUACCCUUCAUGUCCUUAUGGAGGGAACACCCAGCUACCUUGACUACACCGAAGUCAAGAAGACCUUCUUGGAGAUUGAUGGUGUCAUGAAGGUGCACAAUCUUCGCAUUUGGGCACUGAGUAUCAACAAGAAUGCCCUAGCAGCUCAUCUGGCUAUACGUCCAGAGACAAAUCCCGAAUCAAUCCUCCGAAUUGCCACCACAAAGGUGCACAGCAAGUACAAUUUCUUCGAGACAACCAUACAAAUUGAGGAAUUUACACCAGAAAUGGAGAAUUGUCGUCAAUGUGACGAUCCAACGGUGUAGUUAAAUUCUUUUAAUUUAUUUUUUGAGAAAAUAAAUUCAUAAUUUUCAUGUA